AUAACUAAACCAUCUCAAUUUAAAACUCUUAAGGUUACCCUUAUUCAAGCUACCCCAAUUUCAUAUUUUCUGGAUAAUACGUCGAUUACAUCUGAAGACCUUCCUUAUUCCUUCCCCCUAAUGAUUUAUUCUGUCCCUCUGUCACUAAUUCUUACCAAUCUAAUGAUGAACUUGAAAGACAUAGCUUCAUUGACUGGUAAAAAGAAUAUUGAAUCUAACGUUAUUGUAUCUUAUACAAACCAGAAUGGUCAGUAUAAUUCUCUCAAAGAAAACCUAAAAAAAACAAAAGAUGAUUCAUCAACCACAGAUUUCGUUAAUGCACUCUCACAAAUUAAAAGUGGUGAACCUGCUACACAAGAAAACUCAGAUGAUAUGGUUAUUAGUCACGAUAUAGAUUCAGAUUAA